ACAAUAAGUUACUUACUCCACAAGAAAAGAAAUUUAUUAAAGAUUCAUUUAUUAAAGGACGAAAUGUAUCUGGAAGAAAACCAAAUAUAUUAAAUGCUUUAUGCGUACGUUGUCAAUCUGAGUUAUCUGCAGAAUUUUCUUGUCUUGAAUGUAUUAAGCAACAUAUAAAAAAUAACUUUUCUAAAUGGACUUCUGGAGAUAAAAACUUUGAUUUAUGGAUUCAAUAUUUUCAACUUAGAUAUUAUGCUAAGACAAAUAAAGUUAUUGAAUGGGUACCUUUUGAAAGAUUUCAAAAUAUUGAAGUUAAAGCAACUGGAGGAUUUGGAAUUAUAUAUUUUGCUAAGUGGUUAGAUGGUUCAAUAAUUAGUUGGGAUACGUAUAAACAAAAGUUUUUAAGAGGUAGACCUGGUCCAUUUAUAUUGAAAUCCAUGAAUACUAAGAAUAUUGAAAACAUAAAUAUAAAUUUUUACAAAGAGAUAUUAAUCCAUAUGGUACUUUCUUUGGAGAGUCCAUACAUUGUUACGUGCUAUGGUUUGACCAAGGAACCAAAAAGUGGCAACUUUAUGAUGAUUUUGGAAUACCUUUUUGACGGAGAUUUGAAAACAUAUUUAAAAAAUAAAGAUAUCACACUUUCAUGGAGGACAAGAUAUUCUAUACUUCAUAAUAUUACUUCUGCACUUUCUAAAAUGCAUCAUUCAAAUAUUUUACACGGAGAUAUUCAUCCUGGAAACAUUAUAUCAUCUAGAAAUUUAUGGUGUAUUGCAUUAGCCCUUAAUAUAUGUAAUGGUACUCGUCCUGAAAUUAAUUUUAAACUUCCUUCGGAUUAUGAAGAAAUUAUGAAAAGAUGUUGGAAUGCUGAUAUUUCUUGUAGACCAAGUGCAUCUGAACUUUUAAAAUUUUUCACGACCAAUUUACAAAAGAUAUAUAAAAAUGAAUUGAUUAUUCCAGAAUUAGAUGACAGUUUGCUGAUUACAUCAGACAUUGAUAUUACUCCAAAAAUUUUUAAUACAGAUCAAGAUUCUCUAUGA